AUGAGCGGAUCUGAAGCCCUCGCGCACGCGGGUCGCGCGCUCCUCAUGGCAGGAGGCGAAGCGACCAAGAACUUCGAAUGGAUCGUCGUCAUCGGCGGCUUCCUGGCGUUUUUCGCCGCCUUCGGCAUCGGUGCUAACGACGUCGCAAACGCUUUCGCCACUUCCGUCGGUUCCGGCGCGCUCAGCAUCAAGAGCGCCGUCGUGCUCGCUGGUGUUUUCGAGUUCUGCGGCGCCAUGUUCAUGGGUGGACACGUCGUGGAAACGAUGCGUAAGGGUGUGACCGAUCAAAAGUGCUUCAACGGAAAGUCGGGAUCGCACGAUCCCGUCCUACUGAUGUAUGGCUGCCUCUGCGUCAUCUUUGCAGUUGGCGUCUGGCUCGUCGUGGCGUCCGCCCUUGAAAUGCCUGUUUCCACCACGCACUCCUGCGUUGGCGGUCUUAUCGGAAUGACGCUCGUUGCACGUGGUGACGACUGCGUCGUUUGGUCUAAGAAGGCGGACGAGUUUCCGUACGUUAAGGGCGUCGCUGCCAUUGUCGUUUCCUGGGUUCUCUCCCCGGUGAUUUCAGGCUGCUUCUCCUUCGCUAUGUUUUUGAUUCUUCGAACGCUCGUGAUGAGAAGCGAGAACUCUUUCAGCCGCGUCUCUUAUGUGUUUCCGGUGUUGUUUGGUGCCACUCUCAUCAUCAACGUUUUCUUCAUCGUCUACAAGGGCUCUCCUCACCUCGGUCUCAAGGACACGCCGGUGGGUACGGCGUGCGCUGCCGCAUUCGGAGUCGGUGGCGGUGCCGGUAUCCUCUCAUACUUCUUAAUUUCUCCGUACAUCGUUAGGCGAACCGAGGAACUGUACGCCCAGGAGCAAGCUGAACAGGCUGAGCGGGGCUCCGGUAAGAAGGUUGAAGAAACGGUUGUUCGCCAGCCUCGCGAGUAUCCCAGGGGUGUCUUUGGAGCUCCGACUCGCGUCUGGUAUGCGAUCCAAGAUCACCUUGAAACGUCUCUCGCUGUCAAGGCCUCCGACCUUAUCGAGGAAGACAUGGCGGUGAACGCUAUCCACGACAACGCUGAGAAGUUCGACGAAAAGACCGAGUUGAGCAUGAGAUACCUUCAAAUUUUGACGGCGUGCUGCGAUGCGUUCGCGCACGGUGCUAACGACGUCGCGAACUCAAUCGGCCCCUUUGCCACCAUCGUCCUGGUUUACAAGGCUGGCAAGGUGAGUACAAAGAAGAAGGAUCCCAUGGGAGACGACGCGUACUGGAUUCUCUCCCUUGGUGCCCUUGGCAUCGUCGUCGGUCUCGCUCUGUAUGGUUACCGCAUCCUGCACGCGCUCGGGACCAAACUCGCGAAGCUCACCCCUAGUCGAGGUAUUUGCAUUGAACUUGGCGCUGCGUGUGUCAUCAUUUUGGGAUCUCGAAUGGGCUGGCCGCUUUCCACGACUCACUGCCAAGUCGGCGCCACCAUGGGUGUCGCCAUGCUUGAAGGGCGUAAGGGCAUCAACUGGUUCAUCCUCGCUAAGACUGUGGCUGGUUGGAUCAUCACCCUCGUCGUCGUCGGUUUCUCGACUUCGGCCUUCUUCGCCCAAGGCGCAUUCGCUCCGAUGGUUCACUACCCGUGCUACAUCGCUGCCACUGCCAAGGACUCCAUCUCCGAGGCGCUGUGCACGAUUUAA